AUGUGCAGAUGUCUAGGGAUCGGCAAGCUUAUCAUGUUUACUACGACCGGUAUGGGGCUUAGGCCUCACGCUGAGGCGAAGAAGUCACGUCCCAAGGUCUCCGAGAGCAGAAGGAGGCGCAUCAGCCGAGCAUGCAAUGCGUGCAAGAGCCGCAAAUCAAAGUGCACCGGCGGACAUCCGUGCACCUCUUGUAGAGAAAAGGACUUUGAGUGCCGGUAUCGUCCACAGCACGGUCAGAUGGCUCCGGCUCCCGUUCAGCAGGCCCCGGCUCCCGUCCCGCAGCCCCCAGCUCCUCAGAAUCAGAGCAUCACGCCUCUGGGGAGUCCGAGUACAUGGUUGUCUGAGACCAGACCUGACCCCGAUCCGUCGCUUCUUGAUGACAUUAUCACUCAAUGGUUGGACAGCCCCUCUGCCCAGCCACAGUUCGACGGUCCCUCUCAGCAGAGACAGUCCUUCGACGGCUAUCCUCUCCAGACGCAGUCCUUCGACGGCUACCCUCCUCAGUUGCAGUCGUUCAGCGACUACCCCCCCCCAAUGCAGUCAUUCAACGGCCCUCCUCGGCAGUCGCAGUUCGAUGGCUAUCCCCCCCCGACACCGUCGUUCACCGGCCCUUUUCCGUAUUCGCAAGUGUUCGACUACGUCUCUCCCCAGUCACAGACGUUCAACUAUCCCUCUCUCCAGCCAGAGUCGUUCAACGGCUCCCCUCUCCAGCCAGAGAUGGCCACCCAGUCGCGGUAUUACUAUCCAUCUACCCAGCAGAGACUGGACAGCUGGUCCGUGCCGAGAUCAUCCGGACUACCUCCUAUCGAGCACUCGGACCCGUCAGGACAGGGCAACGGCGCGAUGCUCCAGACGCCAGUGGCCCAAUAUAAUUAG